AUUUGGAAUUCCGCUUCCGGUGCGCUCCCUGACCGGUUCUUUUUUCCCCUCAGUCUUUCCUUCGACGUUGAGAAGAUGAGUUACGAACACCGCCGGGACUGGAGCCGCGGGGGCGGGCCUCGGGCCUCCCAGGCUGCCUCUUCCUCGUCCGCCGCUGCUGCUUCUUCCUCUUCUGGCCGCGGAGGGAGAGGAGGAGGAGGAGGAGGCCGGGGCCGCCCUCCUCCGCACCUGAAGGGCCGCGAGAUCGGCCUGUGGUACGCGCGGCGGCAGGGCGAGAAGAGCAAGGAGGCCGAGAGGCAGCAGAGGGCUGUGGUGCGUAUGGAUGAGCGCAGGGAAGAACAGAUUGUACAGUUGUUGAACACUGUCCAGAAUAAAAAUGAAAAAGAGCAAGAAGCCAUAUCUUGGUGGUCUGACGAAGAAGGGUACACAAAAGAGAUUCCUGCCAAACCAAAGCCUGUUGUGGAGAAACCAGUUGUGGAAAAGGCCCCUCAGAGAACUAGACCAACUUUUGAAAAAACAGUCCUAGAUCAAGAUUCAGAAUAUCUCUUACAAGAAAGCAGGCCAGAUAAUGAUUUAGAUGAGCAACUUAAAGAAGAACUGAAAAAGAAAAGGAAUGAUUCCAGAUAUAUUGAGAUGCAGAGAUUUCGUGAGAAGCUGCCUUCUUACGGAAUGAGGAAGGAGCUUGUAAACCUCAUAAACAGCAGUCAGGUUACCGUUAUAAGUGGUGAGACUGGGUGUGGAAAGACCACACAAGUUACCCAGUUCAUUUUGGAUGACUAUAUUGAGAGAGGGAAGGGAUCUUCUUGCCGGAUUGUAUGUACUCAGCCUAGGAGGAUCAGUGCUAUUUCUGUAGCAGAGAGAGUUGCAGCUGAAAGGGCUGAAGCAUGUGGUAAUGGAAGGAGCACUGGAUAUCAAAUUCGUCUUGAAAGCCGGUUGCCAAGGAGACAAGGUUCAAUUUUGUACUGCACAACAGGAAUUGUCCUGCAGUGGCUCCAGUCAGACAAGCUGUUGUCCAGUGUAAGUCAUGUAAUCCUUGAUGAAAUCCAUGAGAGAAAUCUACAAUCAGAUGUAUUAAUGACAAUCAUUAAAGAUCUCCUGAGUAUACGGCUAGACCUGAAAGUAAUACUGAUGAGUGCUACACUGAAUGCUGAGAAGUUUUCAGAAUAUUUUGACAAUUGUCCUAUGAUCCACAUUCCUGGCUUCACCUAUCCUGUCAAGGAGUACCUUUUAGAAGAUGUAAUAGAGAUGCUUAGGUACAUUCCAGAAAACACAGAUCACAGACCACACUGGAAGAAGAGGUUUAUGCAAGGACAUAUAAGUAGGCCAGAGAAAGAAGAAAAAGAAGAAAUUUAUCAAGAGCGCUGGCCAGAUUACUUAAGGCAGAUUAGAGGACGGUAUUCAGAAAGUACAAUUGAUGCACUGGAAAUGAUGGAUGAUGAUAAAAUUGACCUUAAUUUGAUUGCUGCACUGAUCAAAUAUAUUGCUCUUGAGGAAGAGGAAGGUGCAAUAUUGGUAUUUCUUCCUGGAUGGGACAACAUUAGCACUCUACAUGACCUUCUCACAUCUCAACUUAUGUUUAAGUCAGACAGGUUCAUCAUCAUACCUUUGCAUUCACUGAUGCCUACUGUUAACCAGACUGAAGUGUUUAAGAAAACCCCUCCUGGAGUUCGUAAAAUUGUAAUUGCUACCAACAUUGCUGAGACUAGCAUUACCAUAGAUGAUGUGGUGUAUGUUAUAGAUGGAGGGAAGAUAAAGGAAACUAAUUUUGAUACACAGAACAACAUUAGCACGAUGGCUGCUGAGUGGGUUAGCAAAGCAAAUGCUAAGCAAAGGAAAGGUAGAGCAGGAAGAGUCCAGCCAGGUCAGUGCUAUCACUUGUACAAUGGUCUUCGUGCAAAUCUGCUGGAUGAUUACCAGUUGCCAGAAAUCUUGAGGACACCUUUGGAAGAACUUUGUUUGCAAAUAAAGAUUUUAAAGCUUGGAGGAAUUGCUCAUUUUCUGAGUAAGGUAAUGGAUCCACCAUCGAAGGAUGCAGUGUUGCUGUCCAUAAAACAUCUCAUGCAGCUGAAUGCAUUGGAUAGGCAAGAAGAACUUACCCCCCUUGGAGUCCAUUUGGCCAGGUUACCGGUGGAGCCUCACAUAGGAAAGAUGAUUCUCUUCGGAGCUUUAUUCUGUUGCUUAGAUCCUGUUCUCACUAUUGCAGCCAGCCUCAGCUUCAAGGAUCCUUUUGUUAUUCCUUUGGGUAAAGAAAAAGUAGCAGAUGCAAGAAGAAAGGAACUAUCAAAGAAUUCUAAAAGUGAUCACCUCACAGUUGUGAACGCUUUUCAGGGUUGGGAAGAAGCUCGACGACGUGGCUUCAGGUGUGAGAAGGAUUAUUGCUGGGAGUAUUUUCUUUCUCCAAAUACUUUGCAGAUGCUUAGUAACAUGAAAGGGCAGUUUGCUGAGCAUCUUCUUGCAGCUGGGUUUGUAAAUAGCAGAAGUCCCAGAGAUCCCAAAUCCAACAUUAACUCAGACAAUGAGAAGGUAUUGAAAGCUGUUAUCUGUGCUGGCUUGUAUCCAAAGGUUGCAAAAAUUCGAGCAAACUUCAACAAAAAGAGGAAAAUGGUUAAAGUAUCCACUAAAACAGAUCGAACAGUUAACAUUCAUCCCAAAUCUGUGAACGUUGAGGAGACAGAAUUCCAUUACAGCUGGCUUGUUUACCAUUUGAAAAUGCGGACCAGUAGUAUAUACCUGUAUGAUUGUACAGAGGUUUCGCCGUAUUGUCUUUUGUUCUUUGGAGGAGAUAUUUCCAUACAGAAGGACAAAGAUCAAGAUACAAUUGCUGUGGAUGAAUGGAUUGUUUUUCAGUCUCCAGCAAGAAUAGCUCAUCUAGUCAAGGAUUUGAAAGAAGAAUUGGAUGACCUUCUACAAGAGAAAAUAGAAAACCCCCAGCCUGUGGACUGGAACAAUACUAAAUCAAGGGACACUGCAGUGCUGACAGCUAUUAUAGACUUAAUCACAACACAGGAGAAUGAAACUGCCAGAAACUUUGCCCCUCGUUUCCAGAAUGAACAAUACAGUUAACAUUGUUCCUUCAAUGCUGUAAAGGUGACAACUGUACUGGAUUUUUUGUUGUUGUUUUUGCUACCUUUGGACAUCUUGGAAUUUCAUUUUUAGUGUCAGUAAUUUAUUAUUGCUUUGUGUAUUGCAUGCAGUGUAUAAAAGUAACUGUUUACAUAGCUGCCAUUGCUGCACAGACUAUUGUAUUUGUGUGUAUGUGAUGAAUCUGUACACAGCUGCUUGAGGACUGUAAUCUUUAUCAGGUAAAAGCUGGAUGAAAUGGAAAAUGGUCUGAAUAGUUUUUGCAUUCCAUUUUUACACUGUUUUGCUAUUGAUCAUGGAACUGCCAUUUUUGAAAAUUAGUUAUUAGCAUUACCAAUGAACCACACAGACCUUUUAAGCCAUCAGCUUUCUAUUUACAUUCUCUUUGGAAUUCUUAAGUGAGCAAUUGUUACAACUAAAGUAUCCAUUGCUGGGAGUAUUGUAAAUUGAAUUAAAGCCAGCCCCAAAAGAGAUGGAAGGACUACUGUGAGAAGGGCUUCUGCUGAGUAUUUGAGCAAACACGUGUACUUCAGUCCUGUAACGGCCAUUUAUUAUCACAGUGAGAAACAACAUGUGCUGAUGCAGUAACUAGGACUGUCCUUGAAUACAGAGCUCUAGUAAGGUACUGUAAAUACCACCAGUUGGCCAUUUGGGAUGUGGAGUGGUAUUUACUUUCUGCCCAGAGGUGUAUAGAUUUCUAUUGAGCUUGAGGAAAAUGAAUUCCACAAGAAUCAAAUGCACACUGACUGUACAAUAGGUAGCAACCUGAGUCCUGUUUCAAUGAAGUGAACACAGCUUUUUAAAAAUUAAAAGAUCUUUUAAAAAACAAAUAACAAAUGCAUCUGUCCCAUAAUUUUAAAUUCCUGUGUCUUUGCCAAUAUGCUAGUUAUUUUUAUAUGUGCCAUGUUAUUAAGAAUAUUGAUGUACUAAGUGUAUUGAUUUCAUCAAUAGAGUGCACAGAGGAUUCCUGUAAUUUCAGUAGGUUCAUGUCACUGUGAAAGUUGGUCUGUGCCACUUCCCCGAUCAUUGUUUGUAGUCUUUGUGUCUCCUACUAGCCUUUUUUCUGCUGUUAUUUAAAAUUGUAGUCAUUCACAACUGCCAGAUUGUACUGGCUAACUUGGCCUUUUCCAAAAUCACUUACAGUAGUAAUUGUCAUAAUUGAUGUUAGCAUACAUGGCCUGCCCAGGUUUUGCAUAAUUCAUUUUCAAGGUUGAGCUUGCAUUUUAAUACUGUAUAUUAAAUAAUAAGUCUUUAAGCAAUUAGGAUUUAAUUGCUGAGGGUUGCCUCACAGGAUGUUCUAACACAGGGAUUAAUCAGUUAGGAAUAGGAUGUCCCUUCUCAAAUGCUAAGGGUUUGUGCCAACAGGGUUGUUUUUAUUAGGUGGUAACAUUCCGAUGUCGGUACAGGUAUCAGUUUUCAAAAUAUACAUGUGAUUUGGACCAGCUACCAGCAACAUGGUAGUACAUUAACUGCUAUACUCUAAUGAAUCGUGUCGUUUCCAGAGGUCCAAUAUCCUCAGACUGUUGACCUGGACAACAUUUACUAUACUUCAGACUGAAUUCUGCAGCAGUGCUUCUUGUAUUUAAUCUGCUUCAUAAUUGCAGUUUCUUGUUGCAUUAUGCUUAAGGAGACAAGAUUUGCUAGAUUCACAAAUAAGUUGUCUUGCUCCUGCCCAUUCCUUUGACCAUGAAAUAAGUAGCACCCUGGACAAUGUGCAUGCUCAACUUCCCCACUGUCAUGUUUGGGCCUUGCAGGGUUUGGGGGCUGCUAUUUGUAGUUUAAAUGUACAAAAGCUAAAGUCUACAUGCAAGAAUAAUUGCAUUUGCACCACAUUUAACAAUUCUUGGUGCAGCGCCUCAGAUCUGAGAUCAAGCAGAUAUUAGCUUCAGUUUUGCUUAUUUGAGGAAUCGGAAAUGGGGUCAGGUUGUGCUUCUGAGUACCUCCUCCAAUUUCCAACUGCCUUCUGGCAGAGUUUCUUCAUGGUUCCUGCAUCUGUCUCAUUGGGCUUCUGGUUGUUGUUUGCUGCCAGUCUUUCCAACUAUCCACUUAGGAAGUAGUCUCUUAAGGCCUAGCCUCAAUCCCCUGUGAUACCUGUUCCAUAGUAAAUACAAUGGGAAAUCAUUUUCUGGUGGCACCUUACCUAGAAAUCUUCAGCAGAUUUUAGUUACUUGUUACUUAAAAUUUUUCCCAAGUGAACUUGGAGUAGGGAAGUAAUAAAUAUUUGAACAUAUUUAAAUAAUAGGGAGAAUAUGGGUUUCCUGAGUGUUAGCAGAGCAUGAUCAGGAGAAUACUGCAAGGACAAGGAUCUUUGUCAUUUGGGAGAUAUGCUUCACAAAAAAACAUACAUGGGGUUAUUUUUUUAGACAGCAGUAUUUUUCGUCACAGAAAACAAGUUUCCCAUGCAGAAAAAGAUUCCGGCACAGAAAAACCACUUUUGUACAAAAAUGCCUUUAUGUGGUAACAGACCUCAGCUGUGCAACUUUCUCACAGGAGAAACAGAAUUCUUGCUUGUAAAAAUGAAAUCUAUAAAUAUUUACAUCUCCAGCAGGAGUUCUUUCUGUGAUGAGAACAGUGAGCUCUGCCAUAGAAUUCCCUCAGUAAAACCUUCUCUGUUCCUUCUCUCUUUACAACAAGCUUGGCCUGAGCUAUAUUGGCUGAAACCUGGCUCAGUUGCAAUCCAGAUGUCAACAUUUCACUGUCAUUAGUUUAGUUUCUCUUAGCAUUGUACUGGAAAGUCCAAGACCUCUUCCUUCCAGCCUCGAAAGGCUCUAUUUUGUUGCUAGCUUAAGCAUUACUGAAAGAGUUAAAACAGUUCUUUUAACCUGUGUUUUAUCUGUGCUUGAAACUGAUGAACCACAUAGCAUCAAUUUUGUUCCUUACAUGACUAUGUAAGUUUCAUACGUCAUGGGGAGAAAUUCCAUUACAUCUCAUUUACAUGUUAAUAUUCAACAUCUUUUUACACGAAUAUGGCACUACCUGAUUUUAUGAAAACAUGAAAGAAAAUACUGUCUGCUGCACAAUGUGCUGUGUCAAGCUAACUGCCAAUGGUGUAUAGAGGAAUGGAAGUAGGGGGCCUGGGCACAUUAUGCUAGUUGACCUCUGGGGAGACCUGCAAGUGUUAGCGAGUUGUGUAUAUUGUACAGGAUUGAAAAGUCUAGCAUGUAAAAGAUCCUGCUCUUCUUGGGCUUUACCUACUGCGAGUAUGUAUUCAGUGCUCUGUGAUCAAUGCUUUUCUCCUCCAGAUUGUUACUUCCCAUACUGAUACCAUCUUUUGAAAAUUAAGACUUCAUCUGUACCAAGUUUCUUGGCUUAGAUCUAUACAGUAAUUCAUAUUUUCUGCAUUAUUAAACAACGUAUUUGCACGA